AUGGAUUUGUGGUCUCUAUUUAUUGUGAUCCAGUCGAUAGGUUUUACUUCUAUUUUAGCACAAGGCGGAGAUAGAUCAACGCCUUGCUCGACUCCUGAACGUAGGCAGGGUGCGUGCGUCAACAUCAGGCGUUGUGUUCCCUUGAUCAGAGUUCUCCAGGCUGCAGCCAGGCAACCAGAAGCCGCCGUGUAUUUGAGAAACAGCGUUUGCGGGUAUGAGGGGUCCGACCCAAAGGUUUGCUGCGCUCUUGUUGCUACACCAACUACUAGCAAGCCAGUGCCAAUAACAAAAGGUUUGUUAACUAAAGAAAAUGGUUGUGGAUUCAGUAAUGCAACCCAUCCGAAAGUGGUUGGUGGUACACCUGCUGAAUUGAAUUCUUGGCCAUGGUUAGCAGUUUUAGGCUACAGAAGAGGAGAUGGUACUUACCGUUGGCUAUGUGGAGGAACACUGGUUUCUGAUAGGCACAUUGUAACAGCAGCUCAUUGCGUUUUUGGACGAGACGAUCUGGAAAUGGUGCGUCUUGGAGAAUUGGACUUAGCUUCCACCAAUGAUGGUGCACAUCCAAUAGAUAUUCCGAUAGCAGAGAAAAUCAUGCAUGAGCAAUAUAACAGAAAGUCUUCUACAAACGAUAUUGCUGUUUUAACAUUGCGCAGCCCUGUUACAUUUUCUGAAUCUAUAAAACCAAUAUGUCUACCAACACCAAGUGAUGUUAGAAAUGAUGACUACGUUCGCAAAUUUCCAUUUGUUGCUGGAUGGGGAGCCUUACGAUUUGGUGGGCCUUCAGCUACUAAACUUCAAGAACUUCAAAUACCAGUGGUGACCAAUGAACAGUGCAAAGAAAACUACGCGAGCUUUAAAGCUCAGAUAAUCGAUGAACGGGUUUUGUGCGCUGGAUACGCCAAUGGUGGUAAAGAUGCUUGCCAAGGCGACAGCGGUGGGCCACUUAUGUUGCCAGUGAUCAAUGAUAACCGGGACGGAUACCAUUAUUACCUGAUAGGUGUGGUUUCUUACGGAUUCAAAUGCGCUGAACCAGGAUUUCCUGGAGUCUAUACCAGAGUCACAGUUUUUGCCAUGGAUAGAAUCAAAGUUGCUUUAAUUUUUUCCCUUAUUAACUAAAACAACCUAUUCAUUACAAAAUAUUCACCAGAUAUUGAUAUUUAUUAGGAAAUUUUGAGAACCCAAAAAUAUUUUAUAUACGAGAAUAAGAAGCCGAUUCUACCGUGAAAUAGACCAAUGUUAUCGCAAGACUAUGGUAUGUAGCGAUUUUCAUAUGAAAUGGUACUAAAAACUAUCAAAAUUCUAUGUGCAGUCAAACGUUUUGAUAAAAAGCCUAACCUAAAAACUGUACAAUAUAAAAAAAAAUGUUAUGAUAACUGGAUUUUUGUGAUAAGGUUUAAUAAUAUAUGAGUGAAGUCGCAUUUUAUGUAUAAAACGCCUGAUUGUACUGCAAAUACAUGGUAUUUGAAAUGUGUUUAGUACGAUUUUGUAUGAAAACUACCACGUGACAUUGCCUUGCCAUAACAUUGAUCUGUUUUAUGGCAGAAUCGGCCCAUAAGUAUUACUAUUUUUCAACUAUAUUUACUGAAUUGGGCCAAACAGCUCAGUUAUAAAUUUAUUUUGGUCAAUUAUCAUAAGUUUAGCGACAUAUACUAUACUUUAUAAGAUAAAAAUCAUUACAUCACUUAAUAUUUAUUAUAAAGCCAUUAAAUCAAUGAAU